GCAUCAAUACUCUUUCGGCCACGGAUAAGGAAGCAACGCAAAUAGUGUCGAAUUUUUUUCUGAAUUCAGAAAAGUAGUGAUAAUAUAUCCCGAAAAAAUAUCCAACAAAAUCAACUCGAAAUUUAUUAUAAAUAUAUAAAAAUAUCCCCAGCAGCAGUUCUUUUUUUCCGUUUCCUCGUUUUGGAAAGCUAAAGACGGGUUUUUUUGUUUCUGUUAAAACUUUGUGAAAAUUUCAAAUCUUACAAAAUCCAUUUAUUUGGGCAACUUGUGUUUCUUUGGGAAUCCUUCGAGAAGCGACGAUAGAGAGCGCGAAUAGAGAGCUGUGGUGCAGGACACAAGGCGACCUAGUCGCAAAACAGAUCAAGUUUCCAGGGAGGGACGACAUGCCAACCAUGACACGAAUGCAUCGGCACUCCAGCUCCAGCGCCAGUGCCGUGGUGGAGGAGACGCGCGGCCGCCGGCGCGAGGGCGUUGGGGGCGAGGCCAACAAGGAGAACUACGGCGUGCACUUCAUGAGCAGCCCCUUCGGCAACGCCAGCCUGAUCGCCCUGCAGGACUUGAGCAACGUCCACGUCCACGGCAAGAGUCCGCAGCGGCGCAGCUUCAGCGAGGGGAGCGGACCGCGUCAGGCCACCCCGCAGCUGGCGGCUCUCCGCUGCCUGCCCCGAGCUCCAGGGGUCGCACUGGGGGCUGCUGCCAAUGGCAGCGGAGGUGGUGCUGUGGGAGGAACUGUGCUGGAAGACUCGCAAUUGUCGUCCUCGCGGAUGGGGGACACCACCCUGGAUCGCAUGCUGGACGCCAUCAUCGAGUCGGCGCGCAAGGAGGUGCGCUGCAAGCACACCACAGCUGCCGCAGUGGCCCUGGACUGCGGCGAGUGGAGCGAGACCAGUGUCCAUGAGAUGGAGGUGCGCACCCCCACCCACCUGAAGCGGCAGCGGGUGGUGCGGCGCAAGAACCCCCACAAGACAGCCACCACCACAGCCACCAGAGAGAAGCAGAGUCGACGCCGGAGCCAGAGCAGGAGGCAGAGCACGACGCAAGUCCCCAUGGAGCACGUGCCCAGCACCAAGCGCUGCCUCAGCUUCUCCAGCUCCACGUCCAGCGACCUGGACGAUGACGAGCAGUUGGCCAAGCGCAGCUCGAUGGUCUCCACCACAUCGUCGAGCCACUCCAGUGCUGCUACCGGUACCACCGGUACUCCGGCAGGCGACGACAGUGACAGCCAGCGGGGAAGCAUAGAUCUGAGCAUUGUCUACGAUGCCAAGCAGCGGAAACUAAACGUACACGUCAUUCGCUGUCGUGAUUUGCGGCGUUCUCAUGGGACCGGAACCGGCAUUUAUGCCUACGUCAAGGUGGCGCUGGCCCCCGCCCAGCAGUCCGCCCAGUCAGUCCAGCCAGCCAUGAGCUCUGGCUUCCAGCGCACCGCUGUCCACCGGCACUCGACCCGGCCGUACUUCGAUCAGCGCUUCAGCUUCCCCAUCCAUCCGGAGGAGGAGGAGCUGGAGUUCGCCCAUGCCAAUCGGCAGCUACAGCUGGCCGUGUGGCAUCGGGAUCGCCAUUUAAAACGCAGCGAGUUCCUGGGCAGCAGCACCUUCCCACUGAGCGAGCUUCUGGCGGAGAGCCACAGCGUGACCGGGUCCUACAAGUUGCAGUCGCAGUCUCAGUCGCAGGCAUGCCUUAGUAGCUGUCGCAGCAGCAGCAGCCGGAGCAGCAGGAGUAGCAGCAGCCAGAGCACUACCACAGCCACCUCCAGGAGCAGCAACCAGGAAGAGCAGGAGCCGGAGCAGGAGCAGGAGCAGCAGUCACUGGCAGAGGGAUCCGAUAUGGCCACCACCACAGCCACAGCCACAGCUACCCCCCAGAAGUCGUCAGCAGCGGCUGCGGCGGCGGCAGCAGCGGCCAUGAACCUGGACGAGGUCAUCAGCAUCAGCAUCGACAGCAUGGCCGGCACGACGACAGUGGGCAGGGACGAGUGCCUAAUGCAGCCGCAGCAGCCGAUGAAGCUGAGCAAGAAGGCCCUCCACCAGCGGGACGCCGACGAGAACCUCUUUCUGCGCUUCCUCGAGCUGGAUCCGCCCGCCGAUGGCAAUGCGAACAGCACCACCAGCGCCGCGGGCAACACGGGAGGCUCGGCGAGUGGGGCAGCACCGGGCGGAGGGGGGGCAAUCGCCAGUGUCAUCUGCAAUGUGAAUGCCAAUGUGAGCAAUGCCAACCACCUGAACGGAGCCAGCGGCGGCGGCAGGCGCCAGUCGACCAUGGCCAGUGGAGGGAGUGGAGGAAGCGCCGGCAGCGGCCAGCGCCAGCUGGGACGCACCCCGUUCACGAUGACCCGGCGUCUGACGCGGACGGAGGAGCGGGGAUUCGGCUUCUCCAUCGUGUGGACGCACCCGCCGCGCGUCGAGAAGGUGGAGGCGGGCAUGUCGGCGGACCGGUGCGGCAUUCUGCCUGGCGACUAUGUGAUCUUCGUCGACAAGCACAAUGUGGUCACGAUGCCCGAGGCUGAUGUUCUGAAUUUGAUACGAUCGCAGGGCUCGACCUUGACGUUGGAGAUAUUCAGAAGGUCAGGCGCGGGCGCCACCAUGGCCAUAGACACAGCCACCACCACGGCAACAGUCGCCGCCACAUCCCUGUCCACAUCAACGGGCACGGAAAUAGGGACUGGAACGGGAACGGCCACAGGAAUUGGUAGCAUGGGAGCAGGUCUUUCCCUGGCCCUGGGCACCUCCAAUGCCAAUGCCAUCACACAGCAGCAGCAGCAGAUGCAAUCCCGGCAGCAGCUGGUCCUGGGCCUGGAGCGUGAGGAGCCGACGAACAUGAUGAGCCUUCAGCGGACGGGCAGCUCGAGACCAGCCCAGCCACAGGCGCAGCCGCAGCUGAGCAACAACUUUUCGCGUCCGGCCACCGCCUGCUCCGGCACCACCUCCUCCAUUGAGGCCGCCAAGCGGCGGCUCCACCUGCCCCAGGUCACCUUCAGCAAGGAGUCCAUUGUGCCCAUAACGGACAACCGGCGUCGCUUCCUCCUGCAGCUGAUUAGCCGGGAACAGAACUUCACGGCGGCCCUGCACUUCGGGGUGGACCGAUUUGUGCAGCCGCUGCUAGAGCGGAAGGACCUGAUUUCGCCGAACGACCACCGGACGCUGUUCCAGAACAUCGACGAGCUGCUCCGCAUCGCCGAGGACAUACUGGAGCAGCUGUGCAGCGGCGACCAGCACCAGCACCAUCACCAGCAGCAGGAGCCGGAGCCGCAGAUGAACUUCGCCUCGCGGGUGUACCUGUCCAAGACGACGGCAAUAUGCGCGGCCUACAAGAAGUACUGCAACGGCAUCAAGCGGGCCGACUGCGUGCUGGUGAACAAGUCCCGGCAGACGGGCUCGGAGUUCAUAGCCUUCAUCACGGAGCCGGCGGUGCCGCGCAAGCGGCCGGACCUCACCAUGUUCAUCCACCGGCCGCUGCAGCACUUCCGCGAGAUCCUCAAGCUGAUGCAGCUGCUGGCCAGCAACUGUCACGUGGACACCGAGGAGCACAAGAACUUCAGCAGCGUGAUUGGGGAGCUGCAGGCGGCCUACCGCGAGAUCACAGUCAGCAGCGGCCUCAUGGAGCCCCUUGGCGAGGGCCGGCCCCUGCUCACGCUCCAGGACCUAGAGUCGCGGAUGGUCUUCACCAAGUGCAAGCCCUUCACGCUGGCCGUGCAGGGCCGCCAGUGGAUCUUCGGCGGUGAUCUGUCCCGCGUCGAGGGCCGCUCCAUCAAGCCAUACUGGACGCUACUCUUCAGCGACAUCAUCGUCUUCGCCAAGGUCAGCCGCGAUCGGGUGCUCUUCAUCACCGAGGAGCCCGUGCCCCUAGCCAAUGUGGUCGACUCCUGUUUUCACAUGCGCAAGAAGACCACCGAGUUCCGUCUGACUGUCGAUCCCAAUGGCCGGCUGGCCGAGAGCCCCACGGGCUACUGCGCCCCCGAUCUCAGCCGGACACCGAGGAGGGGCGCCCGCCGCAAGAGCCUUAUCCUGCGCGCUCCCUCCCUGGAGCUGAAGGCCGUAUGGCAGAACCUGCUGCAGCGCCAAAUAUUUCUGGUGAAUGCGGCCCUAGGCUCGACGCCCCUGUCCAGCCCCCUGGACUCGCCGGAUGUGCUGAACACACUGGUGCCACUGAGUGAUAUUGGCAUGACCUCCGCCUCGAUGGCCUCGAUGAAGCUGCCAUCGCUGGACAGCAUCAACCUCAAGCAGCAGAAACAGCAGCAGCGUAACAGCUCUCACGGCCAUGCCCACACCGGGAGUUCAGGGGCGGCCGCCUCCGCUGGCCACGCCCACGGACACACACACACACACGCACACGGCCAUGCCGUGGAGCAGAUCGAGCUGUUGAUCGACGAGAAGUGCCGCAUUUUGAACAAGACCGGCACGCCCAAGUCGAGCGCCCUGCACCUGGCCAACUGGAUGAAGGGCCAGCUGGACAAGCAGCAGCAGCAGGCCCGACUGGCGGCCAUCGCCCGCUCCCAGGAGAACAUCACCGCCGAGGACGAGCAGCUGAUCUUCAACAGCGACAGUGAACAGGACGAGCGCAUCACGUACUGGACGCGGCAGCAGCUCGAGAAGCGCACCAAAGAGCUCAACCUGGCCAAGGAGAACGGCGCCAUGUUGGCCAAGCCGAACUUCGGUGGCAAGCGACUCAGCGGCGUUGAGGAGCUCAGCAUGAGUGCCGCCUCGGACAUCUACUCGGAGGCGGAGGGUGUGACCAGCCAGAUCAGUCAGUCGCACAGCACCACAUCGGACAGUCAGAUUACGGUACGCUCGAGCCCCAUUGUGCUGGACAAGCUGGCCGUUUGCCGACACUGCCACAAGAAUUGCCAGCAGAGCGGACCCGGCGGCGGUCGUGCCGGUGCCGCUGGCAUCAAUAGCUCCGGCUCUACGCCCGUUCUCCUCUGCAACUCCCUCAAGGUGCAGCACAGCCAGUCCUCGCCGAACCGAUGCUGUAAGCUUAACGGGAUGGCUGGGGGAACGGGAUCGGGCACGGGAACGGGCACGGGCACGGGAGCAGGCACCGGAACGAGCAGCGUGACCAGCAUGUCCAGCAGCACCAUCACGGGGGAGCUGUCAUCGAAGGUAGUCGCUAGCAGCAGUCGCCGGGAGACCGGCGAUACGGAGAGCGAUGUAGCCCAGCUGAUCACCGACGAACUGUCCCUCUCCCAAUCAGAGGCCACGGACGAGAGCGUUGGCGCCAUUCCCAACAGCAGCAGCAGCGCCGGCGAUGGCUCCAAACUACGAAUUCUAGAUCCUCAGCCAACGGCGGUAGCAUCGGUGGCAUCGGUGACAUCGGGGGCAACGGUGACUCCACCAAUGGCUAUGGCAAAUGGCCAUUGCUCAGGCGGUUCACCGAAGCCGUUGCCACCACCGCGACGCACUCGCAUCGUGGCCCAGAUGUGCCAAGAGCCCGCAAGGCCACGGGCCAACCAGCAGGUCAAGGCCAUAGUGACGAUCACUGAGACGGCACGGAUCAUGCGCAGCAGCGAACGAACAGCCCACCCGCACUCUGUGGGAUCGGGAGGAUCCGGCUCGGUGUCGGGGUCACCAGCCAAAUAUGCCGCCUGCCACUGCCGCUGCACUCCUGAGGACUUCACGCACGCCCAACUCUCGCCGGACAAGAUGGAGCACCAGACCUGCAAGCUCCUAGAGUCGCCCAAACAGACCGCCACCACCACAUCCACAUCCUCAGCAGCCGCAGCCUCAGCCGCAGUGACAGCGGCACAGCGGCAGGAGGAUGAGCAGCUGUCGCUGGUGCUGAUUGGACUGGCCCAGUUUGCGCCGGCGGCCAAGCUGUGUGGGCAAGGGGAGCGGGUGCCACCUUCAGUCCUCCAUCAGAGGGAAGAACCGAAUGACGCCCCCACGAUAGCCGUGGUGCCACCAACGCCCGAUGCCGUGCUUACCAAGACGAGCACUCAUGUGUGGGACAACAGCGGAGGAGGAGCGGAAGCGCCAGUGGGUGGAGUGGCCACGACUAGCACGGCCACCACUACAACGAAGCAGCCGCGCCAGGCGAUCAUUGAGAACAUACCUGAGGACUCGUGCGACGAGUCGCCGCUGGACGAGGAACCUCCGUACAGGCCCAUGACCAACGCACUGAGACGCUUCGGCACGAUGUCCAGCCUGGAGAAGCUGCCCUCUGACGAUCGCAUGGACGAGGCCGACGAGCUGGACGACGACCUAGAGCAAUACACCUCCAAUGGCCACGACGACAGCCCCCACAACGACGAUGUGGACGAUGACGAUGAGGAGGAGGAUGAAGACGACGCAGCCUCGGAAAAGGCGCUGGCCCAAAACCUUAACGAAUUGGUCGCCUGCUCCAGCUCGACUCCAGCGCGUGCCAUGGUCAAUGGGGAUGUGCUGGCGAGUGGAGCCUGGACCAAUCGGGCCGGGGCCUUUGUCUCCGACAAGAUGUCCUUUUUCGAGGAGUCGCGUGCCUUCAUCGACAAGUACUUGGGUCGCUGGAGUGCCGAAGAUACCCAGGAGCAGCCUCAGCAGACGGCCACCUCCGAGACGGAUGAGCAGAUGGACGAGUGCACCUCGGGGGCAACCAGCGGCGAGGAGGUGUGGGGCACGCCCACCAGUGGCGGGGACAACGAAGACAACGACAUGCAGCUGAUCAACUCGGAGAACACGCAUUCGUCACCCACCAAGUCGAGCACCUCGCUGAACGAUGACGAUGACACGGAGCUGAUGAUGGACGAGCUGCUGAUGGCCCCGCCGAUGACGGCCAGCACCAUACGGGGACUGCUGCCACGCUUUUACAGACGUCGUCUUGAGCCCCUUUUCGAGGAGGAGACCGAGAGCGACGAAGAGAAAACCCAGCAGGACAGCGAUGACAUCAAAAAGGGGGAAGCAACGACAAAUGGCCACUACCUAGAGGAUUCAGCUGGAAGCUCAAGCGACGAGGCAGCCCCAGUGGUGCCGGAUCGGGAGGAGGAUCCGGAGGAGGAGCAUCAGCAUCAGCAUCAAAAGGAGCUGGAACUGGAGCAGGAGCUGGAGUUGGAACUGGAGCUGGAGCAGGGGCAUCUGGGGUAUCAACAGCAGAGAUUGCAACCGAACCUGGGGCCACGUCCGUUGCUCACUACCAUGCUGCUGCCCACUACGGCCAUAACCACGCAGAUGGAACCAUCACCACGACCACCACCAGUACAACGAGUGGGUCCACCGCCAGUGGUGGCCUUAUCCUGCGAGUAUCUGCUCGAUCAGCGCCCCUCUAUACCCUUGACAGCCGCAUCGCACACGACGAGGCCGUACACGAUGCCAGCUACGAUCAGUGGGCCAGGGCCAGGUCCAGGCCCAGAGAUAGAGAAAGAGAACUCCACCACGACGCCAUCAUCUCGGCCGCCUCCGCCUCCGGCUGCAGCAGCGACAACGGGCAGGACGUCGAUGACGACGGCGAGUCGAGCUCCCUCGUCGACUACUACAACAACCAGCAGCGGGAGCGACACUACGAGCUCCGGAGGCAGAGCCAGCGGCAGGCCAGCGAGGUUUAUACCACCGCCGCCGCCUCCGCGUCGCUUGCUGCUCACGCAGACCAAUCUAAGCGCUGCCCCACGCAAAACGGAGCCACCUCAAAGAAAAUCUGGCGCUACUGCUGACAGUGGCUCCUCGGCGGCUGUCGGCGACGCCGCCAGCGCUUCGGGCCCAAUCGCUACCGGGUCAAGGACAAUGCCAGCGGCGAUUACCAGCAGCUCUACGCCGGCGCCGGCACCGUCCCAAAAACGGCCAUCGUCAACGAUAAUCGAGACCUGCCUGCUGGGGCAGGCACCCAGGCCCGCCUCAGCCAUUUCAUCAGCAACAGCCUCGAGGAUACCAAAGCCGAGCCGGGCGAGCCCCAGUCCCACCCACCGUCAGAGCAGCCCGGCUAUAGCGGCGGCACCACCGGCGGAGGUGGAGGCGCAGGCGCAGGCGAAGGCGGGGGCAAACGGAGACGCUCAGCGUUCGGCACACGCUGCCCCAGCGCCCCACGCUGGCUGCGGUCUAAGUCCAAGGCUGGAAAUGCGGCUGGCCCUCAAUCACGACAUCCUAGGGGACGAGGACUUGAUCUGCUACGAGCCUGGUCCAGAUCUAACAACUAUUCUGGGGCACGACCUCUCCACAUUUCAUCGUCUGACGGGUCGCGAUUUAUUGAGUCGUUCAGCCACGAAUCGGGUGCAGCCAAAAGAGGCUGUCAUAUCGUACUCUCAACAACGCAACUCAAAGAUGGACACGCCGACGGUGAACCGUCGUCCACGUCCGCUCUCGGCCUCCGUCCAGAGCAACCACAGCAGCAGCAGCCACGGCAGUCCUCGUACCGCUGGUUCAGCUCGUGCCGGAGGCGAUCCACGCAGCCAGCAGGCCAGUCCAGGUCCAUGGACCGGUUCUGGAUCUGCGGGUCGAGCCGGCGCCGGGAGCGGAAGCGGCGCCGACAACAGCACCGCCUGCAGCUCCAGCAGAGGCGGGAGCAAAUUAGGCGAUCUGGAAAUCUUAGCGAGACGCGAGAAGAUAUACUGCAUGUCUCAAUCGAGGAGUGGCUGUCAAGUCAGGGAGACAUCCACGACCUCCACAACGAUGGUGGCAACGAUGACGAUGGGUACGGUGAUGACGGAGAUGGCAUCGAAACGCGACUCUUCCUCGCCCACCCAAGCAGUAGCAGCAGCUUCUCUGACGAGGACGAUGAGUACUACUUCGAUGGACGGAGCGGUAGCCACCAGUACCACAACAACAAUGACUGAAGCAUUCCUCGAAACGGAAGUGGACAAGUCGAAGCGAUUAAUCAACUUUAUUAAGCGUCGCAACUCUGAGAUAACCGCUAGUAGCAGCAGCAGCACCCCCAAUCACUCCGACGGAGCCCUUGGCGAGCAGCCCCAACCGAGCCAGACCCAGGCCCAUGCCCAGGCACAGAGUCAGAGCAGCCUGCUGCCGCAGGCAGCCGAACCCGCGGAGAUGGCACAAAUGUCGCCGCGCAAGGACAACGACAAGCCAUCUCUGAAUCGCCGCCUGUGGAAACAAAUCACCAAACGCCGACGCACCAACUCCGUGUCCCAAAUAGUCGCUGGUUAAGGUGUCACCAUUCCCCCCCCCUUCUUUGUCCAAACGAUUUUCGGAAGAACCCAGCAUCCAGCAUCCCAGUGCGAUCCUUAGCCAGUGCUUAAUAGCUUUUAUUGUGUUCUGUGGGUAGAUUUUAGUUAAUCAUAAGUUGAGCACGACGGAUCCGAAGGGCAGCCAACUGACUGGAGAACGGAUGGUCUGGAGUCCGUGUCUAUGUCCGUGGCAGUACGUCGGCUCUCCUUGAGGUCUCACUUGCUAGUGGCCUGUGUUGCGCUGCCACGGAA